CUUAUAAAUCCCCCCUGUUAAACUAUUUCCAGGAAAAAAAAAGCUGAAUUUGCCGUCGCUGAUACUGUCCAGCGUUUACCUCCAAACGAAUAAUUGGAGUGGUAGGGAAACCCUAGAAGCUGUUGUCGCGGGGGGAUUAGAGAGGUGGGGGGGGGUGCUGGUAAUCAAGAUGGGGAGAGGGAAGAUUGCAAUAAGGAGGAUCGACAACUCGACGAGCCGUCAAGUGACGUUCUCGAAGCGGAGAAGCGGGUUGCUCAAGAAAGCGAGAGAGCUCUCGAUUCUGUGCGACGCCGAGGUGGGGCUCAUUAUUUUCUCCAGCACUGGCAAGCUCCAUGAAUAUGCAAGCACUUGCAUGUCUACUGUAGUUGAACGUUACAAAAAGCUAAAAGAGGAACAAUAUCAACUUCUCAAUCCAGCUUCAGAAGUCAAGUUCUGGCAAAUGGAGGCAGCGCGCCUGAGGCAACAACUGCAGCAUUUGCAUGAAUGUCACAGGCAAUUAAUGGGACAAGAACUAUCUGGUCUCAGUGUGAAAGAACUACAGAAUUUGGAAAAACAAUUGGAAAUGAGCUUGAAGGGUAUUCGUGUGAAAAAGGAUCAAAUUCUGAUUGACGAAAUAAGAGACCUUAACAGAAAGGGAGCUCUCAUGCAUCAGGAAAAUAGGGAGCUGUAUAAGAAGGUGGAUCUCACUGGCCAUGAAAACACAGAAUUACAAUACAAGGUUUACGGGGCAAGAGAUGUCACUCGAGCAAACAGUUGCCACAUGUCAUACAAUACAAGUGACGUGCAUGACUUACAUUCGCCCAUAAAUCUCCAGUUAAGCCAACCGCAGCCUGAAUAGAGUGAAAAACCAGCAAAAGUGACAAAAUUGGAUUGCAACUACAAUAGCAGCAGUUUGUUGCUAAGGGUGCUAGAGGGACAUUCAUGACAAUCAGUUAGCAGAGCAGUAACUAUAGUCAAGCUUUCGUGAGUGAGAUAUAGUGGUUGACUCUAAAAAUUAUUCUAGUGGAUGUACCUAGAGGCAUGGUGUGAUUCUACAGUGUCCCAUGGUUUCAGAUUGCUCUGAAUGGAUGUCACUGCAAUGUAUGAUUAUAUUUGCCAAAUAAAGGAAGCAACUUUUCAUUCAA